AAGAGAAAAAAAGGGAAACAAAUAAUAAAGGAAAAAAGUGCACAGUUUUUCUUGAGCAAGUGUCAAACCAUUCAUUAACUUCAACAAUGGCCUGUUUACCAAAUUCACUAAGAGCUAUGACUCAGUCAACUAGCAAGAGACUGCUUUCACAGAGUACAAAAUGUACCAGAAAAGGGAUAACAUACUCAAGAUUACUUUUCUUCAAUCACAGUUUACCACAUUCACGCCCCUUUUGCGCAGCACAGCCAAGUUUACAUCAAAAGAUAACAUUUGAAAAUCAGCCACUGUCUUGGCUUUUUGUGAGUGACUCUGUUGCAGGGGCCUACGGUGCACAAGUUAAUCUUGAACUGGAUUUGGACAGAAGGCUCACUGAGGAGACUUAUGUGAACUUGAUGGUUAAUAAUGUCAACCUUAGAGAAAUGGAUAUAGAUGUCUAUAAACUGGCUGAAGAUUUCAAACAGCUUAAACAAAAAGAAAAGGAGAAAUCAGAUUUAAUUGCAGAGAAACAACGAGUGGCUGAAGAGUUACAAGCUUUGAAGAAUAAGGAAUCAGAUCCAUCUACACAACCAUUAAUCCAGGAAGCUGUUCAAAAGUUAUUUCAAUUAAAACAAGCAAUAGUUAAUACACCGCCAUUUUGGGAGCUAGAAGAAAGUGUGAUACUGAGGGCACUGAAGCUUCCAAAUGACCUUCACCCAGAUACUCCCCACGGAGAAUCAACAAUUCUCAAAGAAAAAGCUGGUGUUUAUAAUGAUGUACAUAACAAGCUUAGCCAUGUUGAAAUUGGGAAAAAAUUUGAUCUCAUAAAGUUCAGCAAUGUUGGGCCUAAAGCAUAUUACCUGAAGAAAGAUCUAGCUGUUGCAGAGAUGGAGCUCAUCACUACUGUUGUGGAAUACAUGCAGGCUCAACAUUUUUACUUUAUUGCUGCCCCUGAAUUUUUCAAGACACCAAUUCUGGAAGGAUGUGGUCUGAACAUCCAUGAUCCAUCAGAGGUUUUUACAAUGAUUGAAGCUAAAGAGAACAUUGAGCCAAUGAUACACUUAACAGGGGUGUCACCAGCAUCAUUUAUAGGUUAUGUAGCCAAAACUUGCAUAGGGGAUAAAUCUAUGCCUUUAAAUAUGUUUGCUUGUGGUCGAACAUAUCAAAAUUGCAACCUACCAGGAUUGUAUGGUGCUGUACAGUCAAACCAGGUGGGGCUGUUCUCAUGUGUUAAAGAAGAAGAUGUGAAUCGUCAAAUGGUUAAGUUAACAAACUUGAUAUGGACGUUUUUGGAAGGCUUUGGAUUUCCGUUGAGAAUGUGUCAGGCGAAUGCCAAAAAUUUAAAAGUUUCCGAGAGUAGGCGGGUGGACUUUGAGGUAUAUGCUCCAGGUAUCCAGCAGUAUGUCACUGUUGCAAGUGUGGCUGACCUAGGAGAUUAUGUCAGCAGGAGGUUGAUGGUCACACAUAACCUCAAUCAUUCAGAUAUACGAAGUAGCAAAAUUGUACACAUGCUCUCGGGGGUUGCCUUGAAUAUCACAUCAUUAUUAGCUGUAUGGACUGAGCACAGCAACAGUUCUCAGGAAACAUUUUCUCUAUGUCCAUUACCUCCUGGACAGAAGAUUAAAACAGAAAAAGAUCAAUAAAAAUAUUUUCUUUAUUGAAAUGAC